AUGUCUAUCCCUGGCACCUCAGAUCUCAUGGAUGCGCCGCCUCCGCCGCUGCCUCCUCCGCGUUUUCUGCCUGACGUCAACGAGCAACAUGACGAGCAUCGAGGAUCCUACCACAGAGAGCCUUCGUCCUACAGCCCUCGAGAAUACGGACACAGCGCUGUGGGAAGCUUCAUGGGUGAUCGGUUAGGCCAUAAGAGACGGGAGAGCGGCGCAGGAUCCAAGGGUGACAGGGACGAAGGGUCGGCGGAACACACACUCCCCAGCCUCGCUACAGGCUUUGGUCAGCUCCACAACCAGUUCCAGCUAGAAUCUGGUGCCGACGCCUCAUGGAUAUGA